AUGUCUGACAGGUCCGUCAAUCUCGUGGACGACGUUAAGGAGGCACGUCUUCUUGGCUCGCGGUCCAUCGAGACGGUUUCUGGACUGACUGCCGGAUUUAUCACAACGCUCAUUUCGCACCCGCUGGAUUUCCUCAAGCUGCGACUCCAGCUCGACACUACAUCCAAGACCCAGCUCGAAAGUUUCCGCCAGAUCAGAAACAAACUGCUGCUGGACUCGUCCGCGAACGGGGUAGUCCAACGAUCGCAGCUCAUACGCAAUAUUUAUCGAGGAGUCGGGCCCAAUUUGCUCGGUAGCACCACCGCCUGGGGUCUCUACUUUAGCUUCUACGGCGAGUACAAGAGCCUGCUGACCGCAAGCACACAGCCCGCUCAGAGCCUAGGCUCGUCACAGUACCUGAUGUGUGCAUUUGCAGCCGGUUGGAGCACGUCGAUCUUCACCAACCCAAUCUGGGUGAUCAAAACCAGAAUGAUCUCCACCUCUCGCGCUUCCCCUGGAGCUUACCUGUCGAUCAAAGACGGGGUGCUCCAGAUCUAUAAAAAAGAGGGUGUUUCUGGUUUCUAUAGAGGACUUUCGCCCGCGUUGCUCAGUGUUUCUCAAGGUGCACUGCAAUUUUCCAUCUACGAUACACUCAAGGCCCAUCUUUCCGGGCCCUCGGUCCAUCUGAACACGUCACAGUAUCUCUAUGCAAGCGCCGUGUCGAAAAUGAUCUCGACUGUUGUAUUCUAUCCACUCCAAGUGGUGCGGUCCCGGUUGCAGAUCAAGCACGGACGGUACGGAAUGGUGUAUGCUGCCAAAGAGGUCUGGACCCGCGAGGGACUCUUUGGGUUCUACAAAGGUGUGUUCGCCAACCUCAUCCGAGUGGUUCCUGCCACCUGCAUCACCUUCGCCGUGUCGUUGUCUAGACACAAGCCUCUGGGCUUUCUGGGGCUGAUUGAGAUGAACGGAGAUGUGUUUUUGUCGGUGAUCACAGGAAAGGUCGAUGUGGCGUCGCCGAUUGAGGGCGAGGUCAUCAACAAGAUCAUGGACGUUGAAUUCCAUUGUUUAACAAGGGACACCUGGGACUUUUUGGAACUCAACGCCAACGGGUUCCCAUUGGAUGCCGACUCCGAGUCCCAGCCUGGCGGAUACCCUCCGAAAUACGAACAGCAUCCUUGUUACGAGCUUCGCAAGCUGCUGACCGACGGCUCGUUCUUCUACAGCUCGGACUUUGAUCUCACCAGCACUUUGCAAACAAGAGGCAUAGACACAAAGAACUCGCUCUCGCGCGACAGAUUCCAUUUGGACUACAUGUGGAACGCGUUCAUGAUGGAGGAGGUGAUCAAGUUCCGCAACAACCUGGACGACCUGCCCAAAAAAGUGCUGGAUGAAAACAGGUUUCUCACCACAGUGAUCCGCGGUUUUGCAGAAACCAUGCGUGCGAGCGUUGGAGGCAGAAAGUCCAAACUCACCAUCAUCUCCAAGCAGUCCUGGAAACGGGCGGGCACGCGGUUCAACGUGCGUGGAGUCGACGACGACGGCAACGUUGCCAACUUUGUCGAGACAGAACUCAUCUACGACGACGAACACCACGUUUUUGCAUAUACCCAGAUCAGAGGCUCGAUUCCUGUGUUCUGGGAACAGGAUACGGCUCUCAUCUCGCCCAAAGUUCAGAUCACCCGAAGUUUCGAAGCGACUCAGCCUGUUUUCGAAAAACAUUUCGAGAACCUCAACGGCAAGUACGGUCCUGUCAACAUUGUGAACCUUCUGUCGUCCACAAAAUCGUCCGAGGUUGAGCUCAACAGAGAAUACAAGCAUCAUUUCAUGGCUUUGGACGAAAAGAAACCCGACUCGGUCUAUUUCACUGACUUUGACUUCCACCAAGAGACAGCAAAAACCUAUGCACACGCAGCCAGAAUCUUGUCCGACAUCCAGCUUUCUCUGGACCGGUUUGGGUUCUACUGCUACAACAAGGCCACCAAAGAGAUUCUGCUGGAACAGCAGGGCGUUUUCCGUGUGAACUGUCUGGACUGUCUGGAUCGUACCAACGUGGUGCAGCAGGUAAUUUCCAUGGCGGCACUCGACGAAUUCGUCAAGGCUUUCCGCAAGGGAGACAUCUACGACCUCAACAACAAACACAGCAGUCUGUGGGCCGACCAUGGAGACCAGAUCUCCCAGAUAUACACAGGCACCAACGCUCUCAAGUCGAGUUUCUCGCGGUCUGGCAAAAUGGGGUUUGCGGGGGCCUUUUCGGACGCAACAAAGAGCAUCAGCAGAAUAUACAUCAACAAUUUCGUCGACAAGGGCAAGCAGGCUGUCACCGACACGCUGCUUGGAAAAAACUCCAACCAGCUACCUGUCUUAAUUUUUGAUCCGAUCACAGAGUACGUGAACGAGGAGUCGAAAAAGUACGAGCGCAAGUUUGUUUCUCAUGAGGACAUCACUAUCUACGUUGGAUCGUACAACGUUGCUGGUAACACGAUUUCUGGUGACCUCAGCAGCUGGCUAUUCCCGCGCAAGAUCGGCGGUUCUUCGUUUUCUCCCGACAUAGUGAUUGUCGGUUUCCAGGAAGUGAUUGAGCUUAACGCGUCCAACAUACUAAAGAACGACGCCACUCCGUCGCAGUAUUGGCAGUCCGUCAUUGAACGACAGUUGAAUGAUGCUGGUUCCAACAAGUACCUGCUGUUGCGUGCUGAGUACAUGUCGUCUGUGUUGUUGCUGCUCUAUGUCAAGGCAGACGUUGUUUCAAAAAUCACACAGGUGGAGGGAAAGUCCAAGAAGACUGGACUUGGAGGUAUGACUGCGAACAAGGGGUCUGUUGCGAUCCGGUUUGACUACGGGUCCACUUCGUUCUGUUUCUUCAACUCACACCUUGCUGCGGGAACCACCAACAUCGAAGAGAGAUACAACGAUUUUGUCACCUCGUGGAACGCGAUCCGGUUCUCGAGAAAUAGACAGAUCAAGCACCAUGACAACAUCGUCUGGCUCGGCGACCUGAACUACAGAAUCUCCAAGCCAAACGAGGAAGUGCGUUCUCUGUUGGAUUCGAAUGAGCUUGCUACGCUUCAGGACUACGACCAGCUACGGAUCGAGCUCAAACGGCGUGCGGAAAUGCGCGGGUUCAAAGAGAUGCCGAUCAAGUUUAUUCCAACGUACAAGUUCGACAAGGGAACGUCCGACUACGACUCUAGCGAGAAACAGCGUGUUCCGUCUUGGACAGACAGAAUUCUCUACAGAGGGGCCACUUUGACACAGUUGGCGUACAACGCGAUCGUCGAGCUCGUGUACUCGGACCACAAACCCAUCUACGGAGUUUUCACGUCCAACGUCAAGCUCGUGGACGAGAAGACCAAGAUGGAGAUCGUCAAGAAGCUGUAUUUGCAGUACAAGUCGUCGGCCAUGGCGUCCAAGGGGGCGGUGAUUGAGCUGAACGAGGCGGACGACGAUGACACCGUGGACGCCAAGUCGACCGUGUCGAUGUCCAACUGGUCAAUGACGUCGGCCCCAACGCUGAUCGACCUGUCCAGCGAGUCUGGCGGAGCAGAGGGGCCUCCACUACCGCAACGGACGUCCGCACACUCCUCGUCGCAGGAAAACACCUUGACCACGCCGCAGAGACGCCGUGUUCCGCCGCCGUACGACGCAGACAAAUCGCUGUCGAUGCUGGUGCCCGGUCUGUCUUCGUCGUUCCAGACGUCGCUGAAACCGAACACGGCACCCAAUGCCAGUCCAAACUACUCGCUCGAGGCAAUGAGACCAACACGGUCGUCUACAAGCUCGCCUGCCCCAGCCACGUCUGCUCCCCCUCCUCCUCCUCCGCCACGGAAAGCCGUCUCCAGCGAUCCGGCACCGCAACAGCAUGCAGAAAAAGUCACCCCGAUCGUGCCCAGCAAGCCAAAGGCUCUGGUCGGCACCCCAACAGAGGAAAUCGCAGACAAGUGGGCUCCAAUGGUUCCAAAUAGAAAGUCGUCGUCUUCGUCCAGCACGUACGACUUGGUGGUCUUCUUCCGUGUGGACGAGGCACGGCUGACAGGAGUGGCCACGUCGUCGUCGUCGUCGUCAGACAAGCCCAGCACUUCUUCGUCAGACUCGACAACCUUCUUGGCCUUCUUAGGAGCCGGUUUCUUGGAAAAGAACGAGGACGCCUUUGCUGGAGCAGCACCAGUAGGCUCUGGACUGGCAGUUGCCGUGGAAAACACGCUCGAGGCCGCACUGAACUUGGACGCAGAACCCCCGAAAACGCUUUUGAACUCGGGCUCUUUUGGCUCUUCAGGCUUGGCAGCAGCAACUGGCUUCGGAGUCUCUUUCUUGACGGCGGUCUUCUUCUUGGCCGGAGAUUUAGGACCAUCUGCCUUUGGUCUUCUUCUUCUCUUCUUGCUUGCCUGGUUACCAACACUCAUCGACUCGCGGUUCUCCUUAUCUUCCAAUAGGAACUGCUCCCAUUCUUUCAAGAACACCUCCAAGUCCUCGUUCCAAAGGUCUUUUGCGCUUCUUCUCAACAGAUCGUUCAGCUCGGCCUCCUUCUCAUCCCUCUGCUUGAGCAACCGCUCCAGGCAACUCGGUGAUCUCCAGAGUAUUGUCAUCAAGCUCCUCGAUGUUACCUUCCAUCCUGAACUUGUCAGGACCGAUUCUUCUGAUCGAACCUUCCCAUCCUUUGAACCACGGAACCAUGUCAAUCAUCUCGUCACCAUUCAUCAAACACCUGAUGUUCUUGACAAUGUCGAUAGGGUUGAAGGGUGGAAUUUGAGUACUCCAUCCAGAUCCAAUACCUUCUGA